AUGCCUCGAGGUCAGAAGAGUAAGAUGCAAGCCCGUAAGAAACGUAGCAAAGCCCAAGCUGACACCCAUGACCUUGAGGGUGCGCAGGCUGCUGCAAUAGAGGAGGAAAGGUCUUCCCGGUCCUCCUCUCCUUCUGUUGGCAAUUCUCAGCAAAGCUUGUCUGAGGCACCCAGUCCCCCGGAACCCCAGAGAGCGCCAACCCCCUACACUGCUUCUGCAGAAGCUGUGUGCACUGAUGGUGCUGAAGGUGCCAACGGCCAAGUUGAGGGAAGUUCCAAUGAGGCCCCCACACCCUCUACCCAGAAGUCUCCAAGAGACCCUGUGAUCUGGAGAACUAGCCUGUUGUUGCUGUUCCUGUUACACAAGUACAAAAUGAAAGAGCUUAUUACGAAGAAAGAAAUGAUGAAGAUCAUCAACAAAAAGUACAAGGAACAUUUCCCUCAGAUCCUCAGAAGAGUCUCUGAGCACAUGGAGCUGGUCUUUGGCCUUGAGCUGAAGGAAGUCGACCCUAAAGGCCAAUCCUAUGCUCUGGUCAGCCAGUUGGAGAUAACCAAGGAAGAGAAUAUUACUGGUGUCAGAGGGUUUCCCAAGCUUGGGCUUCUGAUGCCUCUCCUGGGCGUGAUCUACAUGAACAACUACCGGGCCACGGAGGAAUCGAUUUGGGAAUUCUUGAGUGCACUAGGGAUCUAUGAUGGGCAGAGACACUUCAUCUUCGGUGAGCCCAGGAAGCUUCUAACCAGAGAUUUGGUGCAGGAAAAGUACCUGGAAUACAGGCAGGUGCCUGGCAGUGAUCCUCCAUGCUAUGAAUUCCUAUGGGGUCCCAGGACCCACAUUGAAGCCAACAAGAAGAAAGUCCAGGAGUUUUUGGUCAAGAUUAAGAAUAUUGAUCCCAGUGACUUUCAAGCCGUUUAUGAAGAAACUUGGGGAGAUGAGGAGGAGAGAGGGGCAGCAACAGCAUGGAUCGGCAUAGGUCGUAAUGCCAGAGCUAUGGCGCGUUUCAGGGCCAAGUCCAUGAUACCACCCAGGGUUCUGCUGCUGUGGACACGCGUAGUAUAUUCAAGAGGUCUCAAGAGACCCCCAUCCACCACUACAACUUCUGUAGCCAAUUCUUGCAGAAGAUUGGAUGAAGGUGUCAACAGAGAGAAUGAAGACCAUUCCGGUAUCUCUGAAACUGAGCGCUGCAGUCCUGACCCUCGGACCAUUAAGGCAGAUUUGUUGGAGCGGUUCCUGAUAUACAAGUAUAAAAUGAAGCAGCCCAUUCACAUGGCAGACAUGCUAAAGGUUAUCAGCCGGAAAUACAAAGAUCACUUUCCUGAGAUCCUCAAGAUUGUAUCUGAAUGCAUUGAGACUAUGUUUGCUGUGGAUGUGAAGGAAAUUGACUCCACCACUAAGUCCUAUGCUCUGGUUAGCAAACUGAACCUCCCCAACAAAGGAAGGGUACGUGCUGGCAUAGGGUUGCCCAAGACCGGUCUACUGAUGACCCUCCUAGGUGCCAUCUUAUUAAACGGCAACCGGGCCACAGAAAAGGAGAUCUGGGAAUUCCUGAAUAAGAUGCGUAAGUUUGCUGGGAGGAAGCAUUUCAUCUAUGGUGAGCCCAGGCAGCUCAUUACCAAAGAUUUCGUGAGGCUGAAUUUCUUGGAGUAUCGGCAGAUACCCAACAGUGAUCCUCCAUGCUCUGAAUUCCUGUGGGGUCCCAAAGCCCACGCUGAAACCUCUAAGGUCAAAAUCUUUGCGUAUUUGGCCAAGGUCAACGGUAUUCUCCCCAGCUCUCUAGAAGCCCUAUAUGAAGAGGCUGUGAGAGAUGAAGAAGGAAUAGCCUGA